GCUCGGAUGUUUACGGCGAGCAGACAAUAAGCCAGUUAGUUACAGGACCAAAUACAAUACAAGUACGUGUACAGUGUGUCUAUAGUGGGCAGUAGAGCCGAUGUGUGUCGUCGGCCGCAGCGAAACCAGUGCAGGGGCGGGGGUCAUCUCAUUCAAUCCAGAAGAACUGCGCUUCCACCAUGGACUUCGAGACGCUGGCAGCAGGACUUAAUUGCACACCCCCUGCGAUAGACGACUUCCCCAAGGACCUGUUCUCGGAGGAGGAGAGGCAGGGAGGCGCCGUCAUCGUGCACAUCCUCAUCUCCCUCUACCUCUUCGUGGCGCUGGCCGUAGUCUGUGAUAAAUUCUUUGUGCCGGCCGUCGAUAAAAUAUGUCACGCGCUGAACAUGUCAGCCGACGUGGCGGGAGCCACCUUCAUGGCGGCGGCCACUUCUGCCCCCGAGCUCUUCGUCAACGUGAUAGGCACGUUCAUCACAGAGGGCGACAUCGGCGUGGGUACGAUUGUGGGUUCGGCGGUCUUCAAUAUACUUGCCGUGGCUGCUUGCUGCGGAAUUGGUGCCGGUAUGUGCGGCGUGAAGGUUGUCCCUUUGGACUGGUGGCCGCUGACGAGAGACUGCCUAGCCUAUGGCAUCACCGUCUCCAUCCUCAUCUGCAUCAUCCACGACGAGCGUGUGGAGUGGUACGAGGCCCUGUGCCUGGUGCUGCUGUACACAGUCUACAUUCUCAUCAUGUACUUUGACAAGCCCAUCCAGAAGUUUGUCAGAGGCGGCUUCAGGCACAAAAGAAAGCACAGAACACCAAAAAGCACUUUACCCGAAACCCUAUCAGAAGAAACAGCGGAGGCUCACCUUCCAUUGCGGAUAACGGAGGACACAGCGCUCAAGACAGAGAAGAGCAUAGAAAAGGACCAGGACAACAACACUGAGAUCUGCGUUGUGCAACCCAUGGAACCACAGAUUCAUUCCUCGAAUCCACCGUCGCAUUUGAACGGUUCGCUGAAGAUCCCAGUUAACGACGCUCAGGAGGUUGACGAGGUGAACAACAAGGUGGAAGUGAACAAUUACGUGGAAGAGGAAGAGCCCCACUCGCUGUGGAAGUGGCCAGCUGGAAGGGGGAAGUUCACACAGGCUACAUGGAUUCUAACUUGGCCAAUAUAUCUGAUCUACCACUUCACCAUCCCAGACUGCGAGAGACCACGUUUCAAAAAGUGGUUCCCUUUGACCUUCAUAAUGUGCAUCAUCUGGAUCGGAUCUCUAUCAUACGUGGUCGCCUGGAUGAUCACCAUUAUAGGGGAUACUCUAAAGAUUCCGGAUUCUGUAAUGGGCAUCACAUUCUUGGCUGCUGGUACCAGCGUGCCAGAAGCAGUUUCUAGCGUCAUCGUUUCGAAACAAGGUCAUGGUUCCAUGGGCAUAAGCAACUCCAUCGGAUCCAACACGUUUGACAUCUUACUCUGCCUGGGCCUUCCUUGGUUCAUCAAAGCAACAUUCAUACCCACCAUUGCUGGCAAACACUUUGUCGGUAUCAAUUCGGCGGGAAUAGAAUACAGCGCCAUCUCCCUCCUGUCGACCCUCCUAAUGCUGUACGUGGCCUUUGCCUUGAACAAGUUCCAGCUGGAUAAGAGGGUGGGGCGCGUUUGCUUGCUGAUGUACGCGGUUUUCCUCAUCUUAGCCAGCCUCAUCGAGCUCAACGUGUUCUUCAUGGUCAACCUGAAGACGUGCGGGCGGUGAACGGGCUAGACUAUGAGGAUCGUGCGUGGGUGCCACUCUAGUAUUUAAGAUGUUCGUGAAUUAGUGCCUUUCGUUCUCAUCCACGUCUACAAGCAACCACGACGAAGCCAUCUCGGACGUUGACGACAGGAGGCUUGCCCGACAUGUUGCACGUUAGUUGUAGCCUUCCUCACUGUAUAUUCCUUACUGUUAAUACUUGUACAAUACAGGUUCCAAUACCGUUAACAGACUUUUCAAUAUCUUCAACAGACGUUUGUAUUAUUUGAAUUGUUUUAAGUUUUGAGAUUUUCGUAGCGAUCAUUUGAUUUCUCUUUAGAAUAGAAAAGUACAGAUCUCAACAAAAAUAUGACAUACACACGAGCUCACGUUGUUUUUGUUGCAAAAUAGCUCAUAGGAAUUUUAUUUUUAAUAAUAGUCGAAAAUGUCGUUUAACAUUUCCAUCAAGUUUUAGUCAAAUAUUAAUAUAUCAUUGUGUACAUAAACCAGUUUUUCAUGUAAGUUUAUUAACUACUGCAUUAUUGUUACCUUUAGAAGAAAUAGGAUAUUUUUUUAGUUUCUGUACAUUGUACUAUGAUAUAUUUGAUGUAGU